CAUUGGCGGAGUAGCACUGACAGUUGGCGGAGUGUGGAGGUAUGCAGGCCAAAACGGAGAUGAUUGUCAGACGUAAUGGGCGGAUUUUCCUGACUCUUUGUAUAAUCCUCUUUCUGGGAUGCACAGUACAAGGGGCUCCAGUGCAGAAGGGCCAAUACAUGUGGGUUAAAUGCAGACCCGAUGCCCGUUCUGCAAACUGCAUUGAGGGAAAAGGACCUCUUUUUGCAAUUCCGGAUGGGAAAGCUAACAUGAUUCUCCCUCCCAAGGCUGAUCCAAUGCUAAUGAAGACUUUUCAGCAGCACCCUGGUCUCCCAUAUAAUGGAGAUGAAUAUGGAUCAGGAAAUUAUAUGGAGUUAGAGUCUGGGUCAGGCCUUGAGUAUGACUUGGAUGAUCUCAGUACUUCCAAUCCCAUCAUCAGCCUACCAGAUGAGAAGCUGAAGCUUAAAUUAACAAAAGAAAAUUUAUUCUUCCAAGGGAACAGUUUGUAAUUUCUGAGAUCUUAUUUCUUCCAUGCCUUUUGUGUUUCAUGACAUGGUGAUAUUAGAUGCAGGCAAAAUGUUAUGCAAACUAUAAAACCAACCUUAAAUGCCUUAAUGUUUUGUGUGUGCUUUUUUUUAAAGUAAAAAAUGUAUUCAAAACUAGCUUUUCCUUCCUUUUUUAAAGAUGCAGACUAACCUUCUAGAAACUUAGGCUCUCUCCUCAGCUGUAGGACAACAGAAUUCGAAGCAACUGGCAAUUUGUUCAAAUGGAAGCUAAAUUAGGAAAAAGGCAAUUGAUGGUAGUGAAGCAGCAAUGCUAGAUCAACUGUACCAAGUAAUAGGAUGCAAAGCACAUUUCCUCCUGGCUGCUAACAGAGAUGGUUCACGUUUUGUUUGGCUUUUGUGCUGCCCAAGGCAAGUCAGUAGGCAUAUGCCCCCUAAUACUGGGUCAUUCUGAAGUAUUUUGUAGUACACCCUCAUGUUUGCUUAGGUAAUUGACCAUGCCAGAAGCACUGCAAGGACCUUGAGUUCUGCAUUUUUCUCAGUUGGCUGGGCAACUUUUGUUUGUAAUGUGGAGCCUAGUAAGAAUUUUGAAAAUGAACAAAUAAGCAGGAUUUUGUGAUGCUUGCAUUUAUUUAAAAAGUGGUACUUUGUCUCAUAAAUAUUAUGAGUACUAUUAGUACUAUUCUAAUACUCCUGAAAUUUAUUUGUUUGCAUUCUGAGUAUCCACACUAUUUCACAUGCUUAAGUAUCGUGUAGUAUUUCAAUUACAUAACCUGGCUUGUGUUUGCAAAUCUGCACAUCUUUAUUCAUUUUAAGUAGAUACAGCACUUAUUUUUACAAUAUUUUAAGCUGCUUUCUCAAUACCUGCAUUUAUUCUGCUAUAAUUCUAUUAAAAUUCAAGCUGCAA